CCGAUGCAUGAUUGGUGUGAUCCUCAAUGGUGUAAGUAUCUUCAAGCAAAAUUAAAUGGUCAACAGUUUAAUCAUAACUCAAAACCAGCUAUUCCAAGAGCAUGCUUGGACUUGAUAAAGCCCGUAUUUCACGAGUUGUGUUCUAAAACUAGUUUAGCACGUGUGGUAUGUGGUGGAUCACAAAAUGCCAAUGAGGCUUUUCACUCAUUAUUGUGGACUAUGGUUCCUAAGCACCGCUUCUGUUCAUCAACUAUUCUUCGUACGGCAUUAGGUUUAUCAACAAUAAUUUAUAACGAUGGCUAUGACUCAUUAGGCAAAUUAUUUACAAACUUCUUCUCAUCCAUAGGAUAUUAUUCUGCUGAAUGUUUCGGUCGACUCCAUACAAUGAGAAAAUCCUUUACUUCAAAAAUUAAAAAAAGACGUAAAAAAGAACAACAACAACAAUAACAACAACUACUGCUGCUACUAAUACCUCUUCAAGCGAAAGUGAUGAUGAAAUGUCAUUUAUUCCAAAUGAUAAAAAUUUUACUGAUCUUACUCAAGAUUUAAUCGCAUUGGAACUAUCGGAAGAGGAUGCAGAUAUGGACUAUGAACCGGGAGGGGAUGAUUAG